UAUUAUUAAUGUGUAAACAAGAUGGUUUUAUAAUCAGUUAAAUUUAUGUUGGGAAUCCCCAAUGCAAACUUACAAUAUUAAAUGUUAAAUACAAUCUUUCAAAUUGUUACUGUAGGUAAUAGCUAAUAGCUAAUCAAAAGGUAACCAAUUUAAUUCCCCCAAGGGAACUGCCCUCAAAUGUGAUAUGAUUAACUAGAUAUGCCCUAGACCAUUACCGAAAUUUCUCCGGGGAUUUGGAAACUUCAGCCUAAAAUACUUUUGUUCCCACAUUUGGAGGGCAACUCUUUCGCGAUGAAGUGCUGGUCGUAUUUGUUUACUGCAUACUUCUCCUGCUUUUUGCUGACAAAAGCGGAGGAAACCGAAUCGGAUAGGCAGUUGGCCGAAGCAUUGGCCAAAGUUGUGGCCAACUCAGAGAUGGGCAGCUUCAAUACCCUCCAUAUUUACACCUACGUGAGCUCCCAAUCGACUGGCGGCCACUUGGAGGAGCUGCUCACCGAGGUCCUGAUGACUUUGCCCGCCGACUUGCAGGCCAAGAGUCUGAUUUACCAGCAAUCCAUGGAGUACAAGCCGUAUGUGCAUGCUGUUCUGGCCUUGGUGGACGAUCUGCCAGCUCUGGCGGCGCUCUACGAGGGGAUCAGGGCCACCCAGGAUCUGUCGCACACCCUCGUCUACAUGUCCUUGCCCACGGAUGUGUACGGCAGUGAAGUUCAGUUGGCCCUCCAGCUUUUGUGGCGGCUCAGUGUCCUGAAUGUGGCAGUUGUUCUGCGUGCUCCUGGCAAUCAGUUCAUCAUGGCGAGCUACUUUCCAUUCAGUGCUCAUCACGGUUGUCAGGUGAUCUCCGCCAGCGUCGUGAAUCGCUAUCAUUUGGCAACCAAGAACUGGGUUAGUGGGGAUUACUUUCCCGAAAAGCUGGCGAAUUUCUACGGCUGCUUGCUGACCUGCGCCACUUGGGAGGACAUGCCCUACUUGGUCCUUCGACGCGACGGCAGUGGCUCCUUUGUGGGCAUCGAGGGAGCUCUCCUCCAGUUCAUGGCCAACAAUCUGAACUUCAGCGUGGGCCUCUACUGGAUGAACAAGGAGGAGGUGCUGGCCACCUUCGAUGAAUCCGGCAGGAUCUUCAAUGAAAUCUUUGGACGCCACGCUGACUUCUCGCUGGGAGGAUUCCACUUUAAGCCCAGCGCCGGGAGUGAGAUUCCCUAUUCGCAGUCCACCUAUUACUUCAUGAGCCACAUCAUGCUGGUGACGAACCUGCAGAGCGCCUACUCCGCCUACGAGAAGCUGGCCUUUCCCUUCAGUCCGCUGCUGUGGAAGGUGGUUGCCCUGCUCCUGAUCCUGGCCUGCCUCCUCCUGGCGAUCCUCAAGCAUUGCUGGCAUGUUCGGGAGUUGACCAGGCACCAGUACUACGAACUGCUGGUGAUGACAAUGGGUGGCAACCUGGAGAAUCGCCGGCUGCCGCGCAGGAUCUUCGGUCGCGUGGUGCUGAUAACCUGGCUACUGGGCACCCUGAUCCUGCGGAGUGCCUACCAGUCGGGAAUGUACCAACUGCUGCGGCAGGACACCCAACGGAAUCCCCCGCAAACGAUCGCCGAGGUGCUCGCCCAGGAGUUCACCAUCCAACUGGAGGAGGGCAACGAGGCGAGGAUUCUUGCCAGUCUGCCGGAACUGCACCCGCAUCGAUUGGUUCACCUGGCGGGCAGCGAGCUGCAAUCCUUUCCAGCUCUGGCGGCGAAGAGUGGCUCAUCGGCGAGGGUGGCCAUCCUCACGCCGUACGAGUACUUCGGCUACUUCAGGAAGGUGCAUCCGAUGAGCAGGCGACUCCACCUGGUGAGGGAACGCAUCUACACCCAGCAACUGGCCUUCUACGUGAGGCGUCACUCGUAUCUCGUGGGCGUGCUCGAUAGGCAGAUCCGGCACGCCCACUCCCACGGAUUCCUGGAGCACUGGACGCGCCAGUUUGUGAGUGCCGUCGACGAGAAGGACGAGAGUGUGUCCAGGAUCGCCGCCACCUCGUACAGAACCCUCGACGGCAUCGAUGGCGAUCCCACGUUCUCCGAUUCCGAGGAGCAGCUGGUGGCCACCGUUCGCCGGAAUGAGCUCUCCAUGAAGGAGCUUGCAGCCCUCUUCUGGCUCAUCCUUUGGGCCAAUCUGGGUGCUCUGGCCGUCUUCCUCCUGGAACUCCUGUGGCCUAGACUUAAAAUCAAGGGAAGGAAAGCAAAAAUGCUUUUUCAAUACAAGAAAUCAAGCAAAUAA